AUUUACACCCUGAACUGAAAAUCUUGCCUGAAAUCUGAAAAAUCCCAAAACUCUCGCCGUUGAAUGCUUCUCUCUCACCGUCUCUCUAUCUGAAGUUCGACAUAUCGCCGGAAAAUAAACACGAGAUGCCGACUCUACAAGGUUCUUUGCCUCCUGAGCUCGCUAACAAUGUGGUUAGGUUGUACCGGGAGUGUCUUCGUAGAGCUACAUUCAUUGGUAAGCAGCAACACAACACUGAGCUGGUGGUUGGUAUGGUGAGGCAGCAAUUUAAGAAACACAUGAAUGAGACUGACCCCGAAAAGAUUCAGAAGUUAAAGGAUGAUGCUGCUCGCGGACUCAUCAACCACAUGUUGUUUGAGUCAGAGAAGCUAACAGGACGCAAGGUUAGCCAGAGAUCCUGAUCCAGCCUCGUUGCAGACUCUCGUCGUUAUGCUCUCUCUCUCUGGUUCCAUUUUAGUCUUGUAAUGGCAGCUAGUUUGGCUUUUAAUAAAAGAGUUUGUCAUCGAGUGACGAGUAGCUUCAAUGAUUACAAACUUUGAUGAUCAAGUGCUUCUAUGGUUGGAAUCAUACAGUUCUUCCACUCUGGUUUUGGUUAUCAUUACAAUUCGAUUUUGACGAAAUAAGAGUCUAAAUAGAAACCUUUUACAGUGA